AUGGCAGACUCCGGGUCGCAAACAGCAGAAGCGACGCUGGAACCCCAACGGAUAAUAGCGCCUAAAAGGCCCCUCGACUUGAUGCUCUCCCCGUCUGUGCCCGACACGCCAGCUAGAACUGCGGCUAGGCCCUCCCAGAGGAACAAAGUCAGCAGAGCAUGCGAUGCCUGCAAGAAGCGGAAAACUCGAUGCUCAGGGGAGCUCCCAUGUGUUCGAUGCCACGAAUUGAGCUUCCGUUGUCAGUACACGGCGACCUAUACUCGUGGUCGUUUGCCCCGGAUUCCGGCUGCCCCAAUCACGUCAUCAGGCGGCCUCCCGACGUAUCAUUCUAGUCAGUUUUCCCCAGUGACGCAUUCUCAAACCGUGCUGUUCCAAGACGAACUCGUUCCGGCGAUCCGGGACUCGUCUAGUAACUCGCCGGUGCCGAAUACCGAGAUUGAAGGACGAUACCACGGGCCAUCAUCUCCACUCACUUUCUUGGAGCGUGCUUGGAAAAGGUUGAAGAAAACCCAUGUAUCAACGUUUUUCGACCACUUAGAGCCAGGGGCGUCUGGUUCAGGAUCGAACCCAAGGCGACGUAGUCUUUCGCAGGCACCGAGCCCGACCCACGCUCCUCAACUUCCUUCCCAACGCCGUACCGAGCAACUAGUUGAGACCUACUUUGACGUCUCAACGCCCUUCUACCGGUUUCUCCACCGAGGCGUGGUAGAUGCAUGGGUUAAGAUAGCCUAUCAGGAUGCCGGCGGCAGUCUCAGCACUCACGGCAGCUCUUUAGCCUCUGGAGAGCUGGCUGUGCUCUUAAUGAUAAUUGCCGAGGCCAGCUUCUACCAAGAGCAAAAGAGCGAAGAAUCCAUAGGGGAAUCAUUGAAUAAGAGUGUGGAAUAUCAUGCGUACGCAUGCGAGUGUCUUCAGGAUGACCUAAGAUUCCCGACCCUAGAGUCCGUUCAGGCCCGAUUGGUUGAGUGUUACUACCUCCUCUCGACCGCCCAGGCGAAUGAGGUUUACUCCAAAUUCGGAAUGCUUGUUUCCAUGGCCGUCACCAUCGGACUACACCGCCAGAAGCGCAGGCAUGGGUACAAGACUGAGAUUGGGCUCCUGGAACAGGAGUGUCGCAAGCGAGCCUUUUGGGCAACGUACAUCCUUGACCGCUAUCUCAGCGUCAUGGCUGGUCGUCCUCGACUGCUGCAGGAUCACGAUCAUGAUCAAGAUGUGCCUUCGAUCUUGGACGAUGAAGCCCUGACCACCGAUGGCGUGGGACAAAGGCCCAAGCAUAGUGACAGCGUCAUGGAUGCAGCUAACGCACACGCUGAGUUAGCCUGCAUCAUAGGCCAAGCAUCCCACGAGAUUUAUGCUCUCAAGUACUCGACGCCCGAAGAAAAACUUGACUAUGUUCAACGCGGAAAUCGAGCCAUCGCGGCAUGGAAGCGUGACUUGCCAGUCAUUUUUCGAGAAGUGGCACCCUCCAGCCUGAGCUCCCUGUUCAGGCGCCAAUCCAUCCUCCUCAACAUUGGCCACGCCCACGCCAUCAUCCACGCAAACCGCCCGUUUCUUUUAAGCCGCUUACUGAAUCCGAAUAGUGAUGAAACGCAUAGUGAAAAGUGUUUUGAAGGCUGUAUCCGUGACUGCGUUGCUGCGGCACGAGACGUACUCAAAGCCCUAGACUGCUUCACUGACGAUGAUGACAUUUUUCAGUCGUCGUGGUUUGUUCAAUAUGUAUCUUUCUGCGCUAUUGCCAUCAUCUACAUCUUUGUAAUGCUGCAGCGGCAGCAACGCAGUCUUCAAUACACCAACCCUGCCAGUUCUCCAUCAGUCUUCGACGCCACCCCCUCCGUUCCACUGGACCAAGAUCUUUCAAGUGCCGAACUGUGGCAGCAUCGUCUUGCCAAAUUUGCAGCCAGACAUUCGCCGGGCAAGAAGCACCACACGAUACUAGAAGAGUUGAGGCACGAAUUCUUCUACGGGGAAGAAUCUGCCCAAGACGAGCCUAGCGUUUCUGUAGCGUCGACUGGCGGUUGUGCGCAGGUCCAAGGCAUUUACAGCACACCGCAGCCUGGCUUUCCAUAUCGCGAAAACGAAGAUGUCGGCUUCAGCGCAGAACUUGAUAUGGACUGGGCGCAAUUAUUCGAUUGUUGGGGACUGCCAGAGCGUAUGCAAUCCGGCUUUGAUACAGACCCAGACCCCGCAGAGAUGAACGCAGGGUCCUCAAUUCAGUUAAUAUAA